CAGCAUCGUCGCGUGCGCACGUCACGUGGACGACUUGCUCCGAACUUUGCCGAUUAUUUUACGAAGUUUGUGAAUUAUAUCAGUUGACGUUUUCUUGUGCUUUUCGGAUUCUGUGAACUUUUGACUGUCACCGUCGCCCCCAAGAUGGUCCACAUUAAGUUAGCGCUGGUACCAGCGCUGGUGUUGCUGUCACUGGCUGCAGCCACCCCCCGCAAAACGUACAAGCGCGAAGCGCCCCUGAGCUCGUCAUACCUGCCUCCCUCGCGAGGUGGUGGCGGCCACGGGGGCGGUGGACACGGCGGCGGUGGACAUGGAGGCCAUGGAGGUGGCAGACCUUCAUCGUCAUACGGUGCUCCCAGGCCUUCCAGCAGUUAUGGACCUCCUAAACCUAGCUACGGACCACCGAAACCCUCGAGCAGCUACGGACCCCCACCAUCAUCAAGCUACGGACCCCCAUCCCAAAGCUACGGACCUCCUCCAUCCAAACCUUCCAGCUCCUACGGACCUCCACCCUCUAAGCCAUCGAGUUCCUACGGCCCACCUCCAUCCAAACCCUCAAGCUCUUAUGGAGCCCCAGCAAGACCUCCAGCGACAAGCUACGGAGUACCAACUGGACCUUCUACAACAUAUGGCGCUCCUAAACCAUCCAAACCCUCGAGCUCAUAUGGCGCUCCCUCCAGCUCAUACGGAGCACCCUCACCACCGUCCAGCUCGUACGGCGCCCCGUCUCCUCCUUCAAGUUCAUACGGUGCUCCCUCAUCUGCCCCGUCAAGCUCAUACGGUGCUCCUUCUCCUCCUUCCAGCUCCUACGGCGCACCUUCUUCCGCCCCCUCUAGCUCAUACGGUGCACCAUCUCCACCUUCCAGCUCCUACGGUGCCCCAGCCUCUCCUCCUUCUAGUUCUUAUGGCGCCCCUGCGUCUCCUCCGUCCUCGUCUUACGGUGCCCCAGCGUCUCCUCCAUCCUCAUCGUACGGUGCUCCCGCGGCCGCUCCAUCCUCAUCUUAUGGUGCUCCCCCCUCCUCGUCCUAUGGUGCUCCAGCAUCUCCCCCGUCAUCUUCCUACGGAGCUCCCUCAUCUGGUGGUAGCAGCGGAGGCUUCAGCAGCAGCGGUUUUGGGAGCAGUGGUUUUGGAAGCAGCGGUUUUGGAGGCAGCAGUUUCGGCUCUAGUGCGCCCUCGUCAAGCUAUGGAGCUCCAUCCAGUUCUUACGGAGCACCCGCAGCACCUUCAAGCAGUUAUGGUGCUCCUAGCAGCGGUGGCGGCGGCGGCCAUGGCUCAAGCGGUGGCUACUCCUCUGGCGGAUCCGGUGGAUACUCCUCGGGCGGUUCCGGUGGUUAUUCGUCAGGAGGAUCUGGUUUCGGGGGUGGCCACUCUAGCGGCGGUUCUGGCGGCCAUGGUGGUAGUUCAGGAGGUUACUCAUCCGGCGGAGGUGGUGGAUACUCCUCUGGAGGAAGCGGUGGAUACCCGUCAGCUGGUGGCUCUGGAGGAUACUCCUCAGGAGGUGGAUAUUCAUCUGGGGGCUCAUCUGGUUUUGGAGGCGGUCACUCAUCAGGAGGUGGUGGAGUGCCGGCUACCAUCAGCCAGAGCUACGACUCCAACGGUGGCUACGUGUACUAGAGCCUGCAGGCUGCUGCUCCCCUAGUACUCGUAUACAAUAGUCAAUAGUUAAGUUAUCACACAUCAGUAUUGAUGACGUUGCGAAUGUCACAAAUUAGGCUUAUAUGUAAUCAGCAUGUAGGCUUUGAAUAAAACCCUGUAUGUAUUAGAUAUUACAAAAUGGCGAAUUUGAUGGAAUGUGUAAAGCUCUCUGUAGAGCGUGGAAGGCUAUAGUACUGGACAGGACAGACACUAACUAACUAAUCUUUGAAGUCAAGAAGAACAAUACACGUUAGUAAGAUGGAACAUAUUCUGUCUAAUCUCAAAAUUGUGAUCUAAAAUCGGAGGACGAAGUAUUACGUACUCGUGUAGUGGUGCUUACCGAGUAAGCGACGCUUCAAGUAUUAACAUUAACUUAAUUUGUAAUUAAUGUAAUGAAAUUGUACAAAAAUUUAGUUUUAAGCUCUCA